CAAAAGGAAAUUUGGCGUCAGAUUAUCUUCAUACAUGAGAUUUUUAAUUUGGUGUGCGCUCUCAAAACGUAGCUUUGGAGACUUCAGUGCUUCACUCUUCCUUCCUCUGUCUUUAGCUGAACAUAAACCAUGGGAGACUGGGGUUUUCUCUCCAAAUUACUCGACAAAGUGCAGUCGCACUCCACCAACAUCGGUAAGGUGUGGCUGACGGUGCUUUUAAUCUUUCGGAUCAUGGUGCUCGGCGCCGGAGUCGAUAAAGUCUGGGGCGACGAGCAGUCCAACAUGGUGUGCAACAUCAACACGCCCGGCUGCAAGAACGUGUGCUACGAUCACAAGUUUCCGAUCUCUCACACUCGCUUCUGGGUUCUCCAGAUCAUCUUCGUGACCCUACCGACGCUGGUCUACCUCGGCUACGUUCUGCAUGUGAUCCACAAAGAGGAAAAACUGAGGCACAAGUAUGCUGAGAAGCAAGGAACCAAACUCCCCAAAUACACCGAUGACAACGGGAAGCUCCAGUACAAAGGGAACCUCCUGCGCACCUACGUUGCGUGCCUAUUCAUGACCAUUUUGUUUGAAGCGGGCUUCAUCGUGGGUCAGUACUACUUAUACGGCUUUGUGAUGGAGCCUAGGCUUAUGUGUAACAAGGCACCGUGUCCUCUUGCCACGGAGUGCUUCAUGUCGCGUCCAACCGAGAAGACCAUCUUCAUCCUGUUCAUGCUAGUAGUGGCGUGCAUCUCAUUGGUACUGAACGUAGCAGAGAUUUUUUAUCUGAUCUGUCGGGCUUCCUUGCAUAAACAGCAUAAACAUAAAUAUGUUACUAAAGAGACACAUUGCUGAAAUCGAUUGAAAAGCAUUCUGUUAUAAUGCACUACUUAGAGAAGUAUGGGUGUGACACUACACCAAGACAAUUAUACGUCAUAAUAACAACUCCGUGAUAAUGCCAAAUGACAUGAUCUAUCCAAAACCAUGAUAGUUAUAGUACUCUAAAUAAGUCAUACUGUCACAUACUGACCAACAUAACAAAAUAUGGUGCAACACAUGAAUCAUUUUUAUGUCUAAGACCCUUUUGAUUAUUCUUAGUGAUGGGAAUUCUGAUUCUUUUCAGUGAGUCAGAUAACAUUUGACUCUUUCAACUCUUUCCCAAACAGCUCAUUUUCUUAUCUGGAGCACGUCGAGUUGCAUUUUUACAAAAUAUAUUUAAAUAAUAAUAACAACCGAUAGCCUGCACUAAUACACUUGACUACAGAUAGUACGUUUUCGACAUGCAGCACUGAGAGUCAUGUGCACAGAGUCUAGCAAAUGGCUCGUUACACACUAAUGAACCAGCUCCGAUUUUGAAAGGAAGUUUCCCCAUGGAAGGUCUGUGAAUGACACUGCACAUGUAUCAUCAUUACCCACGACUACAAAAAGAAAAGAAAAAAAAAGGGCUCAUACUGUACAAGUGGCUCUCACAAUUCACUUAAAAGAGUCGAAUCAAAGAGCUGACUCGUGCAAAGGACGCAUCACUAAUGUAGAGAGUAAUCCUAAUUUUGCUAUAAUGUUAAUUUGUACAUUCUAUCCCAUCCACUACUAUUGAUGUUUUUGAAUAUAUAUCUUUUAAAAAUCCUUAAUAGUACUUACUUAAUAUUAUACAACAACUUUUAUAUACUGUUGCCACUUUUAUGACAAUUUAUUGAUGCAGAUCUGGGUAAAGUUAUGCAUUAUACAUACAUAUAUGAGUCUUACGCAAUGAAUAAUACAAUGCGCUGUAUUGCAUCAUACCAUCUGUCCAAAUCAUACUUUAUUUGUUUUUCCUUUUAUUUAAAAUUCAUUAUAACUCACUUCAAUCCAUUUGUCGAAGAAAUGAUACAAUUACACAAAUACAAGUUGUUCUAUUUUUC